AUGAUGAGGUCUAGGGUAAUAAACUUGAUGGAUAAGUUGAAUUCUGUUUCAUGUAGAUGUCCAGCACAUUCGAAUUUAGGAGGUCUACCUUCGAGGCUCAGUUCUAAUGUAGAUCAAAAAGAGUAUGCUUUUGAAAUGGCGUGCUCUACCAUUAGGUAUGGACGAGGUGUCACUAAAGAACUGGGUAUGGACAUGAAUAAUAUACAGGCUAAAACUGUGUGUGUAAUGACUGAUUCUAAUUUAGUCAACUUGCCACCUGUUAGAGCUGUACUUGAUUCUCUUACCAAAAACGGAGUAAAAUAUCAUCUUUAUGAUAAGGUCAGAGUGGAACCCAACGAGAAAAGUCUUGAAGCUGCCACCAACUUUGUGCGUACUAUAGAAUUUGAUGCAUUUAUAGCGGUUGGUGGUGGUUCCGUCAUGGACACUUGUAAAGCAGCUAAUUUGUAUUAUUCCGACCCAGAAGCUGAAUUGGACGAUUAUGUAAAUCCGCCCAUUGGAAAAGGAAAACCAGUAACUGUGAAAUUGAAACCAUUGAUUGCUGUGCCAACCACUACUGGUACUGGAAGUGAGACUACUGGUGUUUGCAUUUUUGAUUAUACAAAAGUAAAAGCCAAAACUGGUAUUGCCAAUCGAGCCUUAAGACCUACAUUGGGCAUUGUUGAUCCUUUACAUGCUUUAUGUCAACCAGAAAGGGUAUGCGCAUUCAGUGGUUUCGAUGUAUUUGGCCACGCAUUGGAAUCAUUUACAGCUAUACCGUAUACCGAGAGAUCUCCACGUCCAUCUAAUCCAAUUUUAAGACCAACUUACCAGGGAAGUAAUCCAAUUUCAGAUGUUUGGGCUCGAUAUGCAUUGGAUGUUAUAAGGAAGUAUUUUAAAAGGGCAGUGUACGAUCCUGAAGAUUUUGAAGCUCGGUCCAGCAUGCAUUUAGCAUCAACAAUGGCCGGUGUAGGUUUUGGAAAUGCAGGUGUUCAUUUGUGUCAUGCACUUUCAUAUCCUAUAUCGAGUAAUGUCAAAAAAUAUCAAGCUACCGACUACACAGCUGAUCAUCCGAUCAUUCCUCACGGGUUAGGUGUGAUUAUGUCAGCGCCUGCUGUUUUUGAGUUUACAUCCCCGGCGAAUCCAGAACGCCACAUUGAAGCAGCAAAACUAUUGGGUGCUGAUAUCAGCAAUGUCAAAAAUGCAGAUGCUGGAAAGUUUUUAUCUGAUGUCAUACGUGGUUACAUGCAAAACAUGAAAAUUGAUAAUGGGUUGUCAGCACUCGGGUAUACCAAGGAUGAUAUUCCUGAAUUAGUAAAAGGUACAUUACCGCAACACAGAAUAACAAAACUCGCUCCAAGAGAGCAAUCUGAAGAAGAUUUAAAUUUAUUACUUGAAAAAUCAUUAACCAUUUAUUGA